UUCUUCAAAGCCGACGUCCGGGUAAACACUCAGAAACAUCUAGUGUUCGCGACGGAGAGGCAGCUCACUCUACUGGUCAAUGCCAAGAGAUGGUACCUGGACGGUACCUUCAAGGUUGUGAAGGAUCCCUUUGUCCAGCUGUUCUAAAUACAUGCUUUCCUGAGGCAGGACGAUGCCACGAAGCAAGUUUCACUUGCCUUUGUGUUCAUGUCGCGGCAAAAGAGUAGAGACUACAGAGCCGUAAGUUGUAAUACUGAUGAAAAAACUUAUGACUUGCAUUUAAUAAUGAUAUAUACACUCGGUGGUGAUUCUCUAUAAUAAUGUGUGUUGUGUUUCCAGGUCUUCCGCGCCAUCGACGAUCUGUUGUCACGACGAGCGUCUGUACUUGAAUUUGUAGCAGACUUUGAGACAGGUAUUUAUAUUUUAUUGUAAUAUAUAUAUUCUUGCUGCGACUUAAAGUAUUCUAUAGACACGUGACUAUGCGAAUAUGUGGAUCUUUAAACUUAUGUUUAUAUUUGUGUUUGACAGGGAUGUGGAAGGGGCUCCAUCAAGUGUAUCCUGGCUUGCCAAUCAAGGGGUGCUGCUUCCACUGGAACCAGGCUGUCUGGAGGAAGGUGCAGGAGCUCGGUCUGGCGCAGCAAUACAUGCAUGACGACGGCACCUGCAAGUUCAUCAAGAAGAUCUUCGCCCUCCCGUUCCUUCCUUCAGAGCAUGUGGAAGCAGCCUUCGACGGUCUGAGAAGAGGAACACAAGUUCAAGGACUGGUGACCCUCAUGGACUAUGUGGACCGCACCUGGAUGAGGAGCAGCGUGUGGUCGGUGAACGCCUGGUCGGUCUUCAACCAGAGUGUGAGGACCAACAACGAUGUGGAGGGCUGGCAUCACCGACUGAACUACCGUGCCCUUGCAACAGCCCCUCCCUUCUACAAGUUGGUUCCCAUGCUCCACACCGAAGCCAGGCUGGUUCCUCUGACAUGCCGGUUUGUCUCUGAGAGGAAGAUGCGACGGCGACAGAGGAAGGCCUUCAGGAAUCUACAGGGGAAAAUUUUUGAACUGUGGGAACGCUACACAGACGGUGAAGUGUCCACUUGUAGAUUCCUGUCGGCCUGUGGAAAGCUCUACGCCCCUCUUGCGCAUUGA